UUCAUUUCACACUCCCAGCAACCAAACAUGAGUUCCUCUCCUGCCCAGACGUGUACCAACGUGCUUUUUAGCUCACAUUUUCUCGUCUGACUAAAGCUGCAUUCCGCCCCACCCCUUACAAACAUCAUCACCACAGUAAAUCAGGAAGCACCGACACACGUUUUCUUUCUCCUUUUUCUCUUUUACGGAGACUCUUUUGGUGAUUACGGCGACGUCGACCGAUUAUAGGGGGAAUACGUAAUAUUUGAUGUUGACGACCACCGUCCACCACUGCUGAAAGAAGACUGACAGCUGGUUACAUCCAGUACGAGGCUCAGCUGUGGGUUACAUCCAGUACAAGGCUCAGCUGUGGAUGCAUUUGACACAGACUAACCGGAGAAGGUCUCUGUCAGCAGCAUGGGCCAGCAUCUAGUAAAGAGGGAAACACCCGCUGACAGCAAGGAUUCAUCACCUGAACCCAAAGCAGCGCAGACCACGGCAGCAGCAGCAGAACCUGAACCUGAACCUGAACCUGAACCUGAACCACAAGAUGAAGUCUUUGGCCUGGGUGAGGCAGAUGCGAACCAGAACAAUGGCUGCGUCUCGGAGAAGCCGGCGGUGACUGACUCCACGGGCGCUGAGGGCGCUGAGGGCCCCCACCAGCUUUGGACCGACGCCAGCACAGCUGACCCUGACGCCGCCACGCCACGCCCCCACCUGGUCCGCCUCUUCUCCCGAGAUGCCCCGGGCCGAGAGGACAACACCUUCAAAGAGCGACCCUCCGAAUCGGACGAGCUGCAGACCAUCCAGGAACACAGCGGAGCGGCUUCAGAGUGCGGGUCGGAGAGCCCCGAACAGGACCUAGACUAGGCUAGCUUUUUUUUUGUUCCUCCCUCCCUUUCUUUUCUCUUUUCCCUCCUCUGUCUUUCUUUCUCUCAUUCAAGAGAGAGACAAGAACCCCACGUUUGACAAAUACAGAAAUACUACCAACCACUACUACCACCACCAUGGCAUCUGCAAGCAGCUCUGCACAGGCCGCCUUCGGGCUGGGCCGGAGGAAGAAGAACCCCAGCCUCCUGGAUCAGAUUGGACUGUUCUUCGGAGGGGACAAGAAGAGGAAGAGCAAGGUGAGGAAGCAGGAGAGUUGGGGUGAAAAGCUCAGUCCUUGUCAUGUAUCUCAGUUCAAUCUGCUGAUUCGCUCCCAGAACCACUUUUUACUUCUGAUUCUUUAACUGAUUGUGUAUAAAUUUGUUGCAUCAUAUUUGUCUUAUAAAUCUGUGUUGGUUUUAAUGUCGUUUUUAUGGUGAACCGAAGUCUGACAUUGUCCUGUGAUUCCCAAUAACUGGCUGACAGGCUAUGAGUUGUCACUGGAUGAUGGCUUUGGGUGGGGUUUGUGUUAUUCUUUAUUUUUUAUUACAAAGAGGCUGUGAUCAUUGAACCAUUUACAGAUAAAUAUCUUUAUUGUUUCCUUUUAUUUUGAUGGUACUGACAUGAGUAGCAUUUUCUUUUCAGUUCACUUUAAUAUAUCUGUUGUAGAUGUGAUGUGGACGAAUUGCUUUUUCGUUGCUGUUGUGUUUGUUAAGUAGAACAUUUGUCAGACUGGAGAUGAGAACAGUUGUGUUUCGGUUUCUGGUACUUCCCUUAAAGAUGAUGCUGAAAAUGUGAGAGUGGCUGAUAUCAUUUAAAUGAAAUACUGGUGUUAAUACUGAUUUUAUAGAGGCAUUAGGUACUCUGAGGAGAGUGCAUUUGGCUUCUUAGUAGAGUUUUUCUCUGCCUUGAGUCAUUUAAGCAUCUUUAAAAGUCAGCAACAGGGAGGUACUUGAUACCGUUUGCACGAUGCAGUAGUCUGCCAAGUAUCUGAUUACAUUAUGCUAUGUAUGAUCAAAGACAUUUAAGAUUUCUAUCAUAACAGAAUUAUUUAUCAUAGUGUAGGAGCAUAUAAUCACCCCCUGUUUGGGAAUACAUGCAAAAGUCUGCAAGGUAGGAACAGGCUUUUCUUGUCCAACAGACAGCUGAUUACAAGGCAUUUGAGCCUGCAAUGCUUUUUGAUUACUUUAUUCUGUAGUGUUGUCAAGAUACCAUCAUUUGACCAUCAGUUUAUAUAACCAUCAGGCUGCUCAGGACUACUUUGUCUCAAGUUUGUCCAUCAAUGCAGAUUGGACAACCUUUCAGACAUGAUGUGCUACUUGGCACUCCUGCCACAGCUGUAAAGAACCAGACUGCAGAUCUGUUGGUCCCACCCAUUUUCAGUCAAUGGGCCGUAUGCUCGGUGGUGCCCUCUGGAGGUGAUGAUGAAACAGAGAUUUCACUUCCAAUUGGUGGAUCAUGGAGUUCAGAGUGAGAUGAACAAGAGUUCAAUUGUGGUUAUCCUGACAACACUAGCGCUAAAUUCCAAAGCUUAUUCAGGUGCUUUAUGGAAGAGAGAAUUACACCCCUUGUUUCCACCAUCACUUAUUCUUACUGCUGUCUUCAACAGUGGCUUUACUAGUUGUUGUAGUUUGAAAGAAGAGCUGCAAAGCAACAAAUAAAUCCUUUGGACGUCAAUCACCCUUUCUUAUUAUAAGCUACUCGCCUGUACUGCUAACUCUGCAGAAUGCCGAUCACAGUGCUUUAAGAGGCGAUUAUAAAGAGAUCAGUCAACAGCAUGAAUAUAUGCAUUUACCUCCCAAGCCUUAUGUCAGCUGAUGAAAAGAUUUUAUAUAACUGUAUGCCACGAAUUGUUUGCAUUAGCCUGUUCUGCUGAUCGGAUAUUGAUUUGCUUCAGGAACAUGUUCAGGGAAAAGUAUCAUCAGAACAAAUCGUGAAGCUUUCAUUCAACAUGAGGUUCUUGACCAGUUUUCUGCAGUAUUUUCUUUCAUUUUCUCUCUUUAUGCCAUGAAAUUGUACAAUGCUCUCCAUACCGAUGACAAGUUUACUCAAACAAAGAUGUAAAACUAUAUAUUUAUGUAUUCACCGAGGGUUUGCCUUUAAACGAGGAGUGUUCACGUGUCAAGUGAAUGACGGACAGGUUUGCCCCACCUCUGUUGCCUCUUGCAAGGAAAAUAAAAACAGCCUGCACUAACUUUUCUGCUGCAAACACUUAUUUUUGCAACAAAAACUCAACAUGAAGAUGGAUAACUUUUAGCUUAGAGCCUAAUAUACCCUGCCUAUCUGUCUGUCUGUCUGUGUGAACAGAUUCUCCACAGACAUUUUCAAUGCAUACUUUAAAGUCGAGGUUGCAGUAUUAGUGUUUCAGUGUCAGUGUUUUCUGUUGCAUCUUGAAAAUGCAUGCUUAUUUGAGUCAUUUUUAACUGCUUGACAGGUGUGCGGUCAGUUACAAGCUGAUCCCUUAUGCUUUUAUCUUCUAUCGUUUCCCCUAUUUACCUACCUAAUUUUUAAGAAAAGCCCGAGCUGUGGCUUUUAGGAAAUGUGAGGAUAUGUGAGAGAUAUUUUAUAAGUUGUAAAAUGACGCCAAAAAUGCCAAACUCCAGCCUCAGGACAUGAAACAACUGCAGGAGAUCUGCAUUUGAUUAAAUUCACACGAUAGGGGUAAUGAUGUGCUAACAGAAGAGAAAAAUGAGCCUGCAUGAACCUCAGCUAAUCAAGCAGAAUAAGGAAUCUUAAAGGAAAGGCUAUUUUUAAUCUUUCAUUUGCAUUUUAAUUUGUUGAAUGGCAAAAAUCAGUGCUUAAUAUCAGGCUUUAGCAGAACAGCUCACAGUCAGAACUCCACCUCUCUGGUACUGUACUCUAACCCCGGUGUCUCAGAUGAACCAGCAGUGCAUCGGUUCUGAUCCCUGUUGUGUUACGCUUUCAGCUCUGCAGUGGAUCCCUGUAACCGUGUGUAUCUGUUAUGAACUGUUGUGACCGGUGACCUGUUCCUAACCUGAUCCUGUUUGAACCUUUUUUGGAUUAUUGCUUGAUUAAAACUCUUUAACAAAA